CGCAGUCUCUGGUCAUCUCCUGUACUGUGUCCGCAGUCUCUGGUCAUCUCCUGUACUGUGUCCGCAGUCUCUGGCCAUCUCCUGUACUGUGUCCGCAGUCUCUGGUCAUCUCCUGUACUGUGUCCGCAGUCUCUGGUCAUCUCCUGUACUGUGUCCGCAGUCUCUGGUCAUCUCCUGUACUGUGUCCGCAGUUUCUGGUCAUCUCCUGUACUGUGUCUGCAGUCUUUGGUCAUCCCCUGUACUAUGUCUGCAGUCUCUAGUCAUCUCCUGUACUGUGUCCGCAGUCUCUGUUUUUUUUUUUUUUUUAACUAUAGU